ACAAGAAAAGAUGGUUUAGCCUGGUACAUCAUUACGUACCAAGGAGCAUGAUACCGGUACUGAGAAGCCGGUAACCGUCAUGAAGCUAAUAUGCGUUGGCUUCGGCCCAUGCCGCUGCUUGGUUCUGCGAUUUCGCAAGGCCAACAUCCUACUCGACUGCGCCACACCGCUCUACUCAUCUCUAUGCAAUUAUGGUUGCAGCGGCAGUGAAGCAAGCGGCGAUUAUAAAGAGGGCGCCACUUCCCUCGGCAGCGGACAUUCCGCCACAUGCGGCGCUGCUGCUGCUGCUGCUGCGGAGGAGGAGCCCGCUCGGGCUGUAGAUGGAGCGGCUGCUGGGGCACCAGCAGCGGCUGGGGAACAGCGGGGCUGUGGCUGGGGCGGCAGCAGCGGUGAUAACGGACACAGCAGCGGCUCAGUCCAGAGCGGCGACGCUUUGAUGGAUUUCGUCCCUUUCCUACCGCUGCUCCAAACCCUGGAGAUCCACGCAGCCCUCAUCAGCAGCCCUGAAGCCCUGCUAGCGCUGCCACACCUGCUGUACGACAACUUGCAUGAUGAUCCGCAGCUGUACGACAAGUGCAACAGCGGCGGCGGCAGCAGCAGCAACGCAGGUGUCGACGACGUGUACGGCCGGGCCGCUGCCGCCACUGCUACCGUAACUGCUUGGCACCACAUGGGCCCUAUACGAGGUCCCGUGUACUGCACCCAGGCCGCACUAGAUGCGGCGGAGCAACUGGCGGCGGAGAGGCUGGCGGCGGAGGAGGCAGCGGAGGUACGGCAGCGGCGCCGGCGGCCACAGCAGCAGCAGGGGCUCAGGGAAACUGGCGCGCCGCAAAGACAUCCUACCAACGACGACGGUACACGUUUAGCGCCUCAGCAGCACCAGCAUACGUUGCCGUGUAGUAGGGAUCUGGGUAUCGACGGUCCGCUGUCUGCAGUACAAGAGGCCCUCUUGGCCCAGUGCUGCUGGCGGCGGCGGGCAAGCUGGCGUGCCGUACGGCACUGCCUGGAUCGUGUACGGGCAGUACGGUACGGUCAGACUGUAGGGCUGGAUUCGUACGAGCUAACAGCGGUGCCGUACCCCUCUGGCAGCGGCUUUGGGCACGCGGUGUGGCAGAUCGCGGAUGGCGCAGACCGCUGCCGUACCCUCCUCUACCUCCCUGACGCCGCCCCCACCCACUCUUUCGCCCCGCCGCUGCCCCUGGAGCUGCUGCGAGGGCCCGAUGCGCUCAUCCUGGCGCCCGACAUGCUGGCAGCACCGCCUUCGCCUCCAACGACGCCACCAACAGCAGCAGCAACAGCGGCAGCAACAGCAACAACAGCGGCAGCAACAGCAACACCUUCGCCACCGCUUCCGUCCUCAGCACCGCAUGCAGCGGCAGCAUCCCUACCCUCCCGGCCUCCGCUGCAUCAAAUCAAGGAGGCGGUGCUGGCGGCGGUGGCGGCGGGAGGCAGUGUGCUGGUUCCCGUAUACGGCACAGGAGAGGCCUGGGAGCUGCUGGAGGCUCUGGCCGCCUUCCUCGCCUCCGCCGGACUGCCCCACGUGCCGCUGCUGUACUGCGGACCGCGCUGCCGUACCUCCCUGGCGCUCGCCUCCGUCAGCCUGGGGGCGCUGUGCGCGGAGCGGCAGGCGGCGGUGUGUCGGCCGCAGCACCCCUUCGCAUUCGACUCGCUUAUGCACGCUGGUCGCCUGCUGGUCACCCCCUCCCCCUCCGACCCAGCCGCUCAGGCCUGCCUGCAGCGGGGCUCCAGUGUGGUACUCGCGCCCGCUGACAGCCUGCACUACACGGCAGGCCCGGCGCUGCAGCUGCUGCAGCGGUUCGGCCCCGACCCGCGCAACCUGCUGCUACUGCCGCAUGCAGGGCCGCCGGCUGCCGUACAGGGCAUCCGACGACUGUACGACAAAGCAGCUGCUGCUGCUGCUACUGCCACAGUGGUAGCACGCGAAGACCCACGAGCGUCCCACUCAGCAGCAGCAGCAGCAGCAGCGCCAGGAACAAUGGCACCUUCGCAGCAGCAACCACAGCAGCAGCAGGCACAACCACAGCAGCAGCAGCAGCAGCAGCAGCAGCCCCUGCGGAUGCGUCUACUGCACAUCCCCCUGCGCGGUUGCCCAGGCGGCUGCCGGCCCGGUCCCUCCCCCUCCGCCCUGCUUGACUUAGUCUCCCGCCUGCAGCCCCGACACCUUCUAGCCAGCAGCCGGGACCUGAGCCUGAUCAGGCAAGUGCAGUCCCAACAGCAGCAACAACAGCGGUUACAACAGCAGCAGCAGCAACAACAACCUCAACCGCCCCAACAGCACCCGCAGCAGCAGCAGAGCUCGCUUCCUCCUCGUCCUGUACCCGCCACAUCCCCACCUCCUCCUCCUCCUCCUCCUCCCCCACCCUCUCCUCCCCCUCUCGCUCGUGAGAGUGUGGUGCCGUACGGGUGGCUGCAGCGGGUGCGGGUGGGGCUGCCGCGCAAUGUGGCGGGUGCGGUGGUGGCGCCGGAGCUGCUGCAGCGGCUGCAGUGGGUGGACGGAGGGCCGGGGCUGCAGCUCGCCCGCCUCAACUGCCUGAUGGUGUAUCGCGAGGGAGUCUGGCACCUGGAUGCCGUACCCGCCUCCGCCACCUCCGCCGACUCGGUGGCGGCGGCGCUGGCGGCGGUGCAGGGCGGCGUUCUGGCGGCGGACCAGCUGCUGCUGCUGGCGGCGGCGGCGGCGCCGGCGAAGGCGGAGGAGGCAGCGGGAGCGGAGGAGUCCGCGACGGAGGUGCCGGCAGGAGGAGGAGGGGGAGGAGGGCGUCUGGAGUUGCGGCCGCUGCUGGCGGCGCUGGCAUCACGCGGGGUGACACGACUAGGGAUGGAGGUUGAGGGCGAGUGUACGACCAUCUCCCUAGACGGCGCCGACGCGACUCUGACGCUGCGUCCCGGCGGCGCUCAUAUUCACACGGGCUGUCCGCUGCUGCGGCAGCUGCUGACGGAAUGCCUCAUGCAACAGUUGACAGUGAUCUAAUGCGGACUGUGGAUGGUAGAAGGGAUAUGUUGGCGCUUCUUGGUGAACUAGGGCUGUCGCACGUAGAGCUUAACCGCAUGGGGUCUGGCGGUUUCUGUAUGGGCUCCUUGUCACAGCUCUGGGAACCCCAGGGUUGCAUCGGCUUGUGCAAAGGCUUACCGCUUGUGUAACGCUAUGCAGACCAGA